AUGGCUUUGGACAAGAAGAAUGAUGGCCCUAAAAAGAAGGUUGUGCUCUUGUCAGCAAUUGGCCGCACUCAUGAGCCGAAUGCAAGUGUCGUCUCCAAUUCCGAUAUUGCUGUCCGUCGAGGUUCACCCCGGAGUGCCGAGUUCGCUCAAUGUCACUUGCGCACCCCCGGAUCCAAGAGUAUCUCUAACCGUGCCCUCGUGCUUGCCGCGCUUGGCUCUGGUUCCUGUCGCAUCAAGAAUCUUUUGCACUCCGAUGACACCGAGGCCAUGCUGAAUGCCUUGGAGCGGCUCGGUGUGGCGACCUUCUCCUGGGAAGAGGAAGGUGAGGUUCUCGUUGUGAACGGUAAAGGCGGAAAGAUUCAAUCCGGAAUUCCGCUUUUUGCUCGACUGUUUCUGCGAGAGUCCCAGGCGUUUGGGGAUCUUUCAGCGAGGGAGUGA